AUGGUGCCUAACCCCAACUACUUUUCUGUAUCUACGGCAACGACGCCGCCUCUAUCUGCUCAGCAGCCUACUAUCUCAGCGACGCCACCUCCAACGACGAACACGGCGGCACCGAAAUUCUUUCACGGAAACCAGCCAGUUGAUGCCCCUCCACCACCUCCCAUCACACGGUUGACGAUAGGGGUAGCAAACGGGCCUAAACCCGCUGGCCGUUGUCGCUGCUGGUCUCAGUCCUGGGCUCCUGGGUCUUGUCCUCUCACUGUUGGUCUCGCUCUUUGGGUCUCCUUGUCUGUCUUCAUCACCGUGACACCGCUGCUCCUCGCCUCCUCUGUCCUGGUCCUCGUCUCCUCUGGUAAAUUAGGGUUUAUGGUUGAUAAUGGUUAUUUGAUUAUAUCUGAUGCAGAUUCAGAAAUUAUUCAGAACUUUCAUGCAGAUUCAGAAAUUGUUUGCUGUUUUUUGUGUGAAAAUAUGAAUUCUGAAACUGUGAGUAACCUUGUUACUGCUGGAGCUGGUUCUGAGGCUGCUCCGGUUGAGGUUGAUGAACCUAGUUCGAAAAGGCUGAGACCAGCAACAUCUGAUGUUUGGAAUUUUUUCAAAAAUCUCGGUCUAGAUAAGGAUGGAGUAGAACGUUUUGAGUGUAAAGGAUGCAAGAAGGUGUUUAAAGCUGGAGAUAUUGGUCAGACUAUAGCAGAAUUGCAACUUAAAAUGGGUGCACUUAAGAUUGAUUCAGGAGUGGCUAGAGAUAUGUUUGCUUCUUAUGUAGUUGCUGGGGAUAAGCCAUUCAAUAUGGUUGAUGAUAGGAGAUUUAGAAAUUGGGUGAAAUAUAUAAGUCCAACUUUAAAACUUCUUUCUAGGAAUACGGUUAAGGCUGACAUAGUGAAAGUUCACAAGAGAGAAGCUGCGAAACUUAAAAAAAUUUUAGUUUCCAUUCCAAAUAGAAUUUGCUUAACAUCUGAUCAUUGGACUUCCAGUACCAAUGAGGGGUUUAUAUGUUUGACUGCACAUUUUGUUGAUGAGAACUGGAAAUUACAAAGUAAAAUUCUCAAUUUUUGUCAUAUGCCUCCUCCUCACAUAGGAUUUGAUUUGUCUUCUAAAAUCUUUACGCUUUUGAAUGAGUGGAAAAUUGAUAAAGAGAUUUUUUCCAUUACUUUGGACAAUGCUUCUUCUAAUGAUACUUGUGUUGAACACUUGAAAAGUACUUUGGAUGUGCAUGGUUCAUUGUUGUGUGAUGGUGAAUUAUUUCAUGUUCGUUGCUCUGCUCAUAUUUUAAAUCUUAUUGUCCAAGAUGGAAUGAAAAUAUGUGGUGAUGCAGUGCAUAAGAUUAGAGAUUCUACUAAGUAUCUGAGAAAAUCUGAAAGUCGAAUGGUUAAGUUUAAAGAAUGUUUUCAAGAUAUUGAGGGACUUGAGUAUACAACUGCAUUAUAUUUAGAUGUUCCUACUAGGUGGAAUUCACUUUAUGCAAUGCUUGCAAGUGCUAUUCCAUAUAAGAAAGCUUUUGAAAUGUAUAAAGUAAAAGAAGCUGGAUUUAGGGAGUAUUGUCCUUCAUCAGAUGAGUGGAGAAGAACUAAAAAGAUAUGUGAUUUCUUGUUACCAUUUUACGAAACUACCAAGUUGAUGUCUGGAACUUCUUACCCAACAUCCAACUUGUAUUUUUUACAAGUUUGGCAAAUCCAGCUUAUUUUGAUGAAUAGUUUGAAGAAUGAUGAAGUGCUUAUAAGGAACAUGGGAGAACAAAUGAUGAUUAAGUUCAAGAAAUAUUGGGAGGAAUACAGUGUUAUUCUUGCAUUUGGGGCAGUUCUUGAUCCUAGAUUUAAACUCAACACUUUGGUGCAUUGCUAUAAUGAGAUUGAUCCUAUUAGUGCUAAAGACAAAGUGGAGCAUGUGAAGAGUAAGUUAUACAAGCUCUUUGAGGUUUAUGACCACAAUUCCUCUACAACUGUAGAGAGUUCUUCCCAACUUCCAAGUAAUUUUUCUCAAGCAACAUCUUCUGUAAUUGGAACUCAGCUUAUUAAAAUUGUUGGUAAAUUGAUGUCCCGCAAUCAAGAAGCUGAAGUGAAAAGUGGAAAGAACCAACUUGAUAUUUAUUUGAGUGAGGCAACAUUAUUUUGCAAUGAUACAAUCAUUGAUGUUUUGCAAUGGUGGAAAGACAACCAUCAUCGUUUUCCAACACUAUCACUAAUGGCACGAGAUUUAUUGAGCAUUUCUAUUACUACUGUGGCUUCAGAAUCUGCAUUUAGCAUGGGUUCUCAUGUUUUAAAUAAGUAUAGAAGUCGUUUGUUGUCAGAUAAUGUUGAAGUGGUGAUUUACACCAGAAAUUGGAUACGUGGAUAUGAUGAUUAUGAGGAAGAUUUAGAUGAGGAAGAUAUUGCAAAAGGAGAAGGCUAUUCUUCAGGAGUUGGUUCCAAUGAUGUUAUUGACUUACAUGAAGAUGAAGAUGAAAAUUAA